UUUAUUUCGUCAUCUGUACAUAAAGUGAAUUACCUCCACUGCUCGAUCAAUACAAUUUGCUUAAUUCGUUAUCUGCAAUUACUCAUGUAGGAUCAUCUAUAAACAACUCUGUUUUUAUUGUUCUUGACGCAUAAUUGGGCUACUCUACUUCAGCAAUUCAUCAUCUACAACUACCAAAAUCAGGAAACCCUGAGAGUAGUAUCUUGUUCCCGAAAGAGAUGUUGAAGAUGAACGAACGCAUGGAAGAGGGGUACUCCACACAAAGGCCACCCAUGUUUGAUGGAAAAUUCUAUACUUACUGGAAAAAUAGGAUGGAAAUCUUCAUUAAGGCCGAAAAUUAUCAAGUUUGGAGAGUUAUUGAAAUUGGAGACUUUGAGGUGACGACCAUCAACUCCAAUAACGAAACUAUUCCUAAACCAAUCAUUGAAUACGAGAAAGAAGAUUUUCAAAAGAUGGAGAUGAACGCUCUUGCUAUAAAUUACUUGACUGUGGUCUUAGACCAAAUGAACAUAAUCGAAUUAUGGAUUGUAAAACUGUCAAGCAGAUUUGGGACCUGCUGGAAGUUACCCAUGAAGGAACAAGUGAAGUGAAACGCUCCAAGAUAGACUUGCUGAUGUCCAAAUAUGAAAGGUUCGUCAUAGAACCUAGGGAAAACAUCCAAGAGAUGUUCACCAGGUUCACAAAUAUAACAAACGAACUUGUUUCUCUUGGUAAGAUUAUUCUCGUUGAUGAACAAGUCAGGAAAAUAUACUUAGGAGUCUUCCUCAAGAUGAGCGCUGGAGAGCCAAGGUUACAGCCAUGCAGGAGUCUAAAGAUUUCACUAAGUUUAAUCUGGAAGAGCUGGUUGGUUCGCUCAUGACACACGAAUUGCAUUUGGGAACAGCAGACAGUUCCCGAAAUAAAGGCCUGGCUCUGGCAGCAAAUGAUUAUGAAGAAUCAGAAACUGAUGAAGAGGAAGCUGCUAUGCUAACACGAAAAUUCAAAAAGUUCUUCAGGAACAUCAGAUAUGGAAAUCGAAGAAAUAAUAAAGAAAGAGGAACUGCUAACAUGAAGACAAGUUUUGAAUGCCACAAAUGUGGAAGUACCGACCACUUCAUCAAGGAUUGCCCUCAAUGAAAGAAUGAUAAAGGCAAGGGAAUGGCAAGAAAAACUGGAAGACAACCUAAGAAAGGAAACUUCAAAACGGACUUUCGCAAAGCCAUGAUUGCAGCAUGGGGUGAUACCGAAAGCGAAGCUGAAACAGAAGUUCCAGUAGAAGAAGAAACUGCAAAUCUGUGUCUCAUGGUAUCUCAUCACAGCAAGGAUGAAGAGUCUAAGGAAAAGGAGGUAAUGUCUUCUAGUUCAUUUCCUAAACACCUAUUUAAAUUCAACAAGUAUAAAUUAAUUAAGUUGCUCUUGGAGACACAAGAGAAAUUAGAUGAACAGAAUACUAAAUGUCUCCAAAUUGAAAAAGACCUUAACUCAAGUAAAGAUCACGUCUCCUACCUAAAUUCCUUCAAGAUCGAUGUGCAAAGUAGAAUUUUUAAUUUGCUAGAUCAGAAUAUUAUUUUAAAAGAAACAUUGGAAAAAAUGAAGCUUUAUUAUUCUUAAUGUUGAAAUAAAUCAAUAUAAAUUGCUAGGAUUAAAAAGGGACGUAAAUGAUAUAUCCUCUCACGUGUUUAGCACUGAAUUUCAAAAGAUGAAAUUAAACUUAGAAUCCUGUGAAAUAGAGAAUGAAAAACUGAAAGAUAAAUUAAAUUUAAGAGAAAAAGGGAAAAUCAAUGAAGUUCCCAAAUGGAUUCUAGAUGCUAAAACAAAGAGUAAAGAAGGCCUAGGUUAUGUUAAGAAUAAUAAAAAGAAAAAGGUCUAUGUAGAUCUCCCCAAUAGUAAAAUCUGUUCCUUUUGUGGAAAAAGUGGACACCUGAAAUCUCAGUGUACAAAAAGGGAACAGUAUAACAAAGCAAAUAAAACCUAUGUCGAACGCAUAUGGAUUAAAAAAAAGGAUUCAUGUAUAAUCGACAGGGAACCCAAGGAUAACUGGGUUCCUGAUCUUAACCAUUAGUUUGUUUUGCAGGUUCCAGUGAGGGGGAACAACUCAUGGUAUCUGGACAGUGGGUGUUCCAAACACAUGACAGGCGAUAAAUCAAGAUUUCUCUCACUGGAAACUUACGAUGGGGGAACAGUAACCUUCGGUGACAAUUAGAAAGGCGAAAUAAUAGCUAAAGGAAAAGUAGGAAAGUCAAGUUCCCAUGCCAUUGACAAUGUAUUUUUAGUCGAGAAUUUAAAAUACAAUCUACUAAGUAUUUCUCAAUUUUGUGAUAAAGGUAACUCUGUUAAGUUUACUUUUGAAUGAUGCAUAAUUUCUAGGA